CGAAAUUGUGCAAAUUUGAUCAAAAUGAUAAAAAUGAAAGGUCAGAUUUACUACAUUAAUGAUAAUUCCUUAAAACAAACGAAAUUUGAAGCGAUAUAUUAUAUUUGAUUCCGAACUUGAAGCUUCGAUUAAUAUCUAACAAUAGAUAUUAAUAAUAAAAUGUUUCUUUGUUUUGUUUUUCAAUAUAUAUAUAUGUAUUGAUUCGAUAAACUAUUGCGAGUAGAAAAAGGAGAAAAAGAAUGAUUAAUUUAUGAUUGGUUUAUAUGAAACGUAUUAGAAAAAUAUAAACUUUCGUCAUUGUUCACAUAGAAAAAAAAAGAAUAAUUACCGCAUAUAAAUCGAAUUAUAAAAACAAAAACUCUAAACAAAUUUUAAGAAGUUGAUAUAAUUUUAGAUAUACGCUAAUCAUAGUUUUUUAUUAUCUUUCCCUCUUAUUUGUUAGUACCUUCGUAAAUGUUUAUAUUAUUAAUUUAUUCUGUGACAGAUACAAAUAAAUUUAGUUUAACGCAGUUAGUAUGAUUUUCGAUAUGAUAGAAUGAAUAACAUUUUUGUUUCAUCUACUUUAGGGAUAAUAAUAAAUGAAAAUCAUCGUAUUAAUAUUAAAUUUCUAUCAAUUACUGGUGACUCACCAGCCUUAAGUAAAAUACUUAAUUUUAUUGGACAUGGUGGUUAUUAUUGUUGCAAUUUCUGUUAUGUACGUGGUAUUGCUAUUGGAAGAAAAAGGCAAUACUUUUACGGAAAAAAAGUAUUUCUUCGUCAUAUGGAGAAAUAUUACAAACAAUCAAAGCAAGCUGAAACAACAAAAGAAAAUAUUUACGGGCAUAAAGGUGAAUUAUUAAUACAACAUUCUUUAAAAUGUAUUUGUUGA